GUUGUUCUCUGCGACUGAUCCAUCCAUGCUUGCGUUAGGAUUCGCAUUUAUUUCGUUUGGUUCCGAAACGAAACUUGCGAGAUCGCGGAGUAGUAAUCGGGAAUUUUAUCCAGUUGUUUGGAAUUUUCCCAUCCCAUGCACACCGUCACAUCAUUGGCGCACUUUGGACCGGGCCAGAAGGCUGUUUGAUGCUGCAUUCCCUGAUCAGCUGCUAUCACGUGAGACCCCUGCAUCUCUCGCCCCCCUUGUCCGCUGGACGUUCCCAUCUCCUUUGAGGCGGUAGUUUACCCGGAAUUCAGCACCACAGUUGUGAUACAGAAUGUCUGAGUACUGGCUGAUAUCCGUGCCUGGUGAGCCCACGGCCCAACAGGCCUUCGACAAUCUGAACAAUGCCACGAGCAAGACAAACAAUCUCUCGGCCAACUACAAGUUCCAUGUUCCAGAUCUGAAGGUGGGCACUUUGGAUCAGCUGGUGGGAUUAUCCGACGAUCUGCUCAAAUUGGACACCACAACAGAAGGGAUCGUCAGAAAGUUAGCUGCAUAUCUGGGCGAUGUCCUAGAGGACAAGAAGGAGAAGCUAAUGGAGAAUUUGCAGGCCAACGGAGUGGAUAUCAACACCUACUUAACAAAAUUCCAGUGGGAUAUGGCCAAAUAUCCCGUAAAGCAGUCGUUGCGAGGAAUUGCCGAUAUCAUAUCCAAACAAGUUUAUCAGAUUGAAGCUGACUUGAAGACCAAAGCGAAUUCCUACAAUCAGCUAAAAGGCAGCCUUCAAGCAAUCGAGCGAAAAGCCACAGGUUCGCUGUUGACCAGAAAUCUGGGUGAUUUGGUUCAGAAAGAAGAUUUCGUUCUGGAGAGCGAGUACCUAACAACGUUGGUCGUCGUUGUUUCCAAACAGCAAGAGAAGGAUUGGCUUGCCAAAUACGAGAAACUGACAGAUAUGAUUGUGCCACGAUCAUCCAAGAAAAUCUUUGAAGACAGUGAAAAUUCUCUCUUUACUGUAUCAUUAUUCUCCAAAGUUGCGGAAGAGUUCAAGCUCAAAGCCCGAGAAAACAAGUUUAUGGUUCGGGAUUUCACUUACAAUGAGAAGGAACUUGCGGCUGGGAAGGAUGAAAUGAAUCGUUUAGCCGCUGAUAAAAAGAAGCAAUAUGGUCCUUUGGUAAGGUGGUUGAAAGUGAACUUUAGCGAAGCAUUCACUGCUUGGAUUCACGUCAAAGCACUCCGGGUUUUCGUUGAAUCCGUAUUACGAUAUGGUCUGCCAGUCAACUUCCAGACAAUUUUAAUGUUACCGAAUAAGAAAUCGACGAAAAAACUGCGAGAAGACCUGCAAAAGCUUUAUGGACAUUUGGAUACGGGCGGCCUGAUGUCCGACAAACACAGCGAUGCUCUGGAUAUGCCGGGCAUGGCCAUGCCAUCGGGAUCUGAUUAUUAUCCAUACGUCUUCUACACGAUCAACGCCGACGUUGUGGCAGAAGUGUCGAAAACAUCAUAAAACGAAAAUCCCUCUAACCGUUGACACGUGACUCAUCAGAUGGCGAUAUUAUUAUAUCCAUUUUAGCUAUAAUCCCAAUUGUGUGAUUUUGAGCAUUAUCAUUGUGUCCCCAUCGCUAACACAUUCCUGCAAAAACGGGCCGCAAUCUGUUGGGCUGGGCAUCAUUAUCCGGCACUCCGGUGACUUGUUGGCUGGUGAAUGGUGAGCGAAAGCGCACUGUUCAUUGCCGAUUAGCGUAAUCCCAACCCGGACCAUUCCCGAUCAGCUGACGAUUCUUUCGGUCAUUCCAGCAUGAGUUAUGGCGGUAUGUGUAUGUGUUUGCCUGGGAGCUUAAUUGUUAGUGAGUGCUAGUUUGGUUUUACAUUGUAAGUCUUUCUGUUGGGUUUGAAAUACGUUUUCCUGUUAUUAUUGGAUAAUUAUUAAUAUAUGCUUUUAUUGUGGUUUUUUUGUGGUGUGGUUUUAGUACGGGUACGGUAAAAACUGUAAGAAAUCCAUGAGUUUUACGAAGCGGAGAAUUCCGUGCAGCUGUCCUGUGUGAUAACUGUGAGCAAGUAAAAGCUAUUCCUGAAAAAACGCCUGUCUUUUGUACUCGUAUGUGUUUCAGUAUUUGGACUUUACCGGUUAGUUAAUUUCCUAAUAUUUUGAUUAUGGCUGCAUUGUUGCCAUUCUUUAUUGAAAUUCCUUAU